AUUGUUGUAAUCUCCCAGCCACGGCUCCCAUGUGUUUUUGUUUUUAUGGUAAAACCCGGGAACUUGGGAAAUGAAUUGUUGGUGAAUAGUGGUUUCUACUAGUUAUAUGGUCGUUAAACAUUAUUACUCAGAUGGCGGCUGUGGUGCAGGCUGUCGAGCCAGUGGCAGCUGCAGAUGCUCUCUCCGUGGACACCUUGGACACAAUGGAUCCGAUGAAGGAGGAGUUUCAGGACUCGUCCUUCAAUGUGUACGCAUCCGGCCCCGGGGCCAACUUGGACUCCGCCCUGCAGCCCUGCAACAGGAGAGCCACGGGAACAGACAGGGUCUAUCGCUUAUACAUUAAUGGACUGCCACAGGGUUUGUCAAAGCGAGGACUGACAAACAUUUUCUAUAAUUAUGGGGUGCCCUUUGACGUGACCAUAUGCCGCGGUGCGGAAUCAGGGCACCAGUUUGCCUUUGUGUCCUUCAGGACAGAGAAGGAAGCUGAAAAAGCCAUACGAGAACUGCACAAGAAGCCUCCAGUGCACCUGCGAGUGGAGUUUGCCCGCAGCGAAGAGGACAAGGCACGACUGUUGAAGGAAGAGGCUGAGAAAGAGCUGAUAUGCAAGAUAUUGAAAGACAAGGGUCGGUACGAAGAACCCUCUUACACCCCUAAAUUCCCGGUGCGGAUGAGCGUCGCGAUGCCCGGGUACCACCACAAGCGAGCGGACUACCUCGCCGACCAGGCGUGGUGCGACGGCGCGGUGCCCCGAGGGGCCGGCUUCUACCGCCCGUACGCUGAGACUCCGUCCUCAAACAGCAGCAGGGUGGUGCUGCGGUACCUGCGCAGCGACGAGGAGCCCCGGUCGGGCCGGGCGGUGGCGCUGGGCCGUGGCUUCUGUCGCACGAGCAAGUGUCCUGUUGAACUACCUGGUCGAUCAUGCAAGUUUACCAAGCUGGCUGGUAGUGAAGAUGUGUGGACAUGUGGGCGGGAAGUCCCGCUGCAGACGGGAAAGUGUGUGCGUUGUGCCGUGGACACUCCACACCACUGCAAGCGGUGUGCCGCCUGGUACUGCUCCCGGGACUGCCAGCAGGACGACUGGCUGCAGCACAAGGAGCGCUGCUGCCAACCGUCCAUUUCCACCUCUUCAAGUGUCUCAAAUGGGCCAACCUCAAAGGGGGCAGCGUCUGGCGGACGGGGCCGGGGCGGGCUGUCCGUCAGCCUCCUGCAGCAGCUGGCGAACAUCAGCGGCGCCCCAGAGUGCCCCGAGACUCCGGCGAAGCCCGCCUCCCAGCUGGAGGCGCUCCUGCGGCCAUCGCGCUGCGACCAGUUCCUACCCGUGUGUGAGCUGUCUGUCGCGUUGAGGCUGUCGCGAGGCAGCACUGGCACGGGGAAGAUGCUCCGGAGCUACGGGCAGGAGUUCACAGCCUUGCUGGACGGCAGCCCUGAGGAUGUCGCUGCCAUUACACGCAUGCACGAAGAGAUGAUGCUGGGAGGCUGCAGCAGUGUGCCACAGAACAUGCUCCACGAGGGAGACCUGGUGGCCGUGCUACCCGAGGCCACCGGCACGUGGAGCCGUGGACUCGUGCUGGAGGUGCGAGGGGCAGAGUGCGUGGUUGCGCUCUGCGACGUCGGCACCGUGGAGGUGGUCGCUGACGUCAGGCCGCUGCUGGACCCGUACCGGAGCAUUCCCGAGCGUGUCGUCACCGUAUCCGCGAGUCGGCCGUACACUCUUCCGUUCAAGAAGAACACGGUGUUCUCGUACGAGGUGGUGAGCCACGAGGGUAGCGAGGCGACAUGCGUCUUGACGUGCGAGAGUUCCGGGGAAACGCACACGGUGUCGGUGCUCCCUUGGCAGCCCCUCCCGGAGGACGCCGGCCUGAAGACGGUGUCCUUGGAGGACGGGAAUCCCGUCGUUAUGUCCUCCUUCUUUGACCAGCAGGACUUGUACCUGCGGCCUGCCACCAAGCAAAAUGUGCUGCAGUAUCACAUUGUGCUGUCUGCUACCGCUGCGUACGCUGUCCUCCAUGGUGGGGUGAUGGAUCCCAGAGGUCCGAGGGUGGGGGAAAUGGUCGCCUGCCAGUUCUCGGGCGAUGGCAUUUUCUACCGGGCCUUGGUGGUCGCAGUGGAUGGCGACUCCUACACCGUGGCGUACGUGGACUUCGGUAACCAGGAGGCCGUCUCUCUCGACAAGUUGAGGUUCCUCAACCCCCCUCUGAAACAGCAUCCGUGCUUUGCAGUCAGGGUGUCUUUGAGAGACAUGCCAAAGACAGUCCUUACCUCCGCGGCAGCCAAGUAUUUAUCACAGCUUGUCGAACAGGAAACUGUUGUGCGAGUGGAAACGGAAGGGUCCGUAUCUGAAGGAGUGAAGCUGUACCACGAUAAAACAUGUGUUAAUGAUGUCAUUCAAGAGCAUCUUCAGCAGAGAUGGAGGAAGGAGCUGGCAUCAGAUGUGCCACCGGCAAGCUGCGGCGUGGACGCACUGAGGUACGUGGCGCUGCCGGUGGGGGGCACGGUGGCGCUGGUAGUGCUCUCCGUGCUGGACCGGGAGGGGGAGGGGGGCCCGACGGUGGCCGGCUGCCGGGCCGACGAGGAGGUCAUCCUCCACGUGUACCGCACGCUGCUGCGAGAGAUCAACCUGUACGCGUACCACAGCAAGGCCAAGAUGUUCGUGCCUCGCGUGGGGGAUGCGUGCGUGGCCAAGAACUCUGACGACGUGUGGCACCGUGCCCUGUGUGUGGAGUUGAAGAGAGACGAAGUGGUAGUGAUGCUGGUGGACGUGGGUACCGUGAUCAGGAUCCCGUACUACCAUGUCCGGUCCAUCCCAGCUGAGUUCACCGAUGUCCCUGUCCUGGGGCUGCUCUGCCGGUUCCAAGGUAUGGCAGCAGAUAAGCAGAAGUUGCUGACACCACACUCGGUACACACUGUGCGAGUUGUGAGCCAUUUGGAAGAUGAAUAUCUUGUAGAGCUCAUUGAAGCCAAUUGAUUUCACCUUGUAUUGAUCUCAUGUUUUAUAAGCUACCAUCUUUGUGAAUUUUAUAUUGUAUUAUAGAUGGAAAUACACCUGGUAUUUAUCUUC